AUGAGGCGCAUUGACCUUGGAGGAGCUGCAUUUCGUCCUUGUAUUUCGUCCUUCUGGGAAUCCGCGCCGUCGUCAUCUUCGUCACCGAGCUUCCCUACAUCAUCCACAAGAAGGGGUGGACCAGUUUCUGUCACCAACAUCAAUUGUCCGAGGAUACUGCACGCCCUUGGUUCUGUCUCCUACAUAUUGCAGCAGAUCUUGUUAGCUGUCUGUGAGCGCAAGCUAGUUUGGCUUUGGCGUGAGCACCAGAUCGAAAAGGCGCUGCUUGGACAGAGCACCGGUGUGGUAUUGGCGACCAUUAUUGCAGGAUUUACCUUCAUUGUUGCAAUCGAGGCGUACCAUAAAAUGCGGAUUCAUUCGGAAAUCAAACCGAGAAGACGACGGACCGUCGUCUAG